AUGAAUUCUGACUAUAAGAGUGAGGAGCUGCUUAGCCUUGAUGAGAGUUCAUCAAGCAGUGAGCAUUCUAAUGAUUCAAGUGAUGGUGAAACCCCUACUGCUGAGGUUGACAAUUUUAUUAGGAGGAGCAGAUAUCCAAUCUUUAGGCCAGUAGCCAAAGCUGAGAACUUUAGGCUUGAGAAGGAUAUGUUGUUCCUCUCACCUAAACAAUUUAAAGAUGCUAUGAUUGAUUAUGCAGUCCAUGGUGGUAGAAGUUAUAGAAACCUAAGGUGCAUAGCAUCAUACAUUGAGAGGAAGUUAAUAAAGAGCGUUAGGAGACAGCUUGACAUAAGGCUCAAGGACAUUCAGGAUGCUAUGCAUAAGAAGUAUGUGGUUGACAUAAGUUUCAACCAGCUGUGGGAGUAUUGUGAUGAGUUGAGAAGGUGCAGUUGGAGCACAGUAUUGAUGAAUGUGCAUACUUAUAAUGAUGGUAAUUUGGCAACUGAACAUGACCUGGCAACUAGGCUGCCAUAUUUUGAAAGAAUCUACAUCUACCUGGAGGAUUGCAAGAAGGGCUUCUUGGCAGGGUGCAGGCCAAUCAUUGGUCUAGAUGCAUGCCAUCUGAAAACCAAGACAGGUGGUCAGCUGAUGUGUGCUGUUGGCAGAGAUCCUAAUGAUGAGUACUUCCCCUUUGCAUAUGCAGUAGUCAAGCUUGAGUGUAUUAAGUUAUAUCUGAUGACUAGAUUUCAAGCAAACAGGCAAAUGAUUAUGAAGGAGGAAUUUGAGUUGUGUCCUAAGAUAAGAAAGAGAUUGUAUAAGGAAAAGUUGGCAUGCAGCAAGUGGCUAGCAUUUUGGGCUAGUUGUACCAAGUUUGAAGUGAAGAAUGGGCUGGAGAGUUUCACUGUGGACUUGGAAAAGAAGAGGUGCAGCUGUAGGAAGUGGGAUAUAACUGGCAUACCAUGUUACCAUGCCAUUUUCUAUAUAUUUUUCAACAAGGAAGAUUUUGAAAAGUAUGUCAAUGCUUGCUAUAAAAAGACUACCUACAUUGAUUGCUAUGACCCCAUUAUAGAGCUCAUCAAUGGCCAGAAUAUGUGGAGACCUAGUGGACUGCCACCUAUACAACCCCCUAUCAGGAGAAGACCUCCUAGCAGGACUAAGAAGAAGAGGGCAUUGGAGCCUGAUGAACCUAGAAGUCAUAGAAAAAACAGAAGUGUGGGCAUCUCAAAACAAUGCAAGGCAUAUGGGAAAUUAGGCCACAACAGGAGGAGCUACAAGGGAGAAGUAGGAGGGAACUCCUCCCUGCCUGGGAGUGCAUCCCAAGUCAGCAGGACCACUAAGAGGCUUAUUAAUUGUUAUUAUGCUAGUGUUUGUGCUUGUGCUUGUGCUUACAGGCAGGCAAACAGCCCAGCCGUAGGCAGUGCACAACCAGGCUCCAAUGCUCAACCAACUGUACAUAGGGCACAACCAAGCUCUACUGAUGAUGUGACCACAACUGCACCUCCACCACCCACGGAUAACUAG